ACGACUCGACCCGGGAGCGGGGAGGCUAACCAACGAAGGCAACGCCAGGCUGAGGCCACGCACCGUCCGUCUUGUCUCGCCGCAAACCUAACGAAAGCGCAGCGCUUUCGUCUCCGUCGCUAGGGUUUCGGUCUCCGCAAACUCGAUCUUCCGGGAGGGCACGAGCCGGUGCUAUUGGUUUUGGUGCGGCGGCCUGAGAGAGAUGCCGCCCAAGUCGGUUAAGAGGGGCGGCGCCGCGGCGGCGAGGAAGGGGGCUACGAAGGCCAGACCGGCGAAGCCCCAGCCGGUCGCGGAGGAGGCGCCCGUCGAGGUGGUCAAGGCAGCGGAGGAGGCUCCCCCUAAGGUGGAGGAGCAGAAGCCACAGCCGUCGCCGCCACCACAGCAGCCGGCCGCCGAGGAGAAGGCCAAGGCGGAUGCCGCUGAGAACGGCGCAAGCCACGCUGAAGAUGAUGGAGCUGCAAAAGAAACAUAUGAAGAAGAGGACAAAGGUGAACGACUGGAGUUCGAGGAUGAGCCAGAAUAUGAAGAGGAGGCUGCUGUCGACUACGACGAGAAGGAUUUGGAGCAGUAUGAGGAGCAAUAUGAAGACGGCGAUGAAGGGUUGGAGUACACUGAAGAUGUAGUCGAAGAGGAGACUGAGAUGGUGGAUGAGGAGGAACUGGAUAAUGGUGGGGAUGAUGGCGAGUGUGAGGAAUAUGAAAAUGCAGAUGAAGACCAUGAUGUGGACGUGGAGGACGAAGACCAUCAUGAAAUGGUGAAAGCACAUCGUAAGAGGAAGGAGUUUGAAGUUUUUGUUGGUGGGCUAGAUAAAGAUGCAACAGAAAGUGACCUGAGGAAAGUUUUCAGUGAAGUCGGCGAUAUCACUGAAGUUCGUUUGAUGAUGAACCCUGUUACGAAGAAGAAUAAAGGCUUUGCCUUCCUGCGAUAUGAGACUGUGGAGCAAGCAAAGCGUGCUGUUUCAGAUCUGAAAAAUCCGAUGGUGCGAGGUAAGCAAUGCGGUGUUGCUCCUAGUCGUGACAAUGAUACACUUUUUGUUGGCAAUAUCUGCAAGACAUGGACAAAAGAACAUCUGAAGGAGAAACUGAAGAUCUAUGAGGUCGAGAAUUUUGACGAUUUAAUAUUGGUUGAGGAUAGCAAUAACCCAGGGAUGAACCGUGGGUAUGCUUUACUUGAGUUUUCUACUCGCCCUGAAGCUAUGGAUGCUUUCAGGCGGUUGCAGAAGAGGGAUGUAGUCUUUGGAGUUGAUCGCACUGCUAAGGUUUCCUUUGCCGAUUCCUACCCUGAAGUCGAUGAUGAAAUGAUGGCACAGGUCAGAACUGUAUUUCUUGAUGGUCUCCCCCCGUCAUGGGAAGAAGAUCGUGUUAAGAAGUACCUUAAAAAGUAUGGAGCUAUCGAGAAAGUUGAACUUGCCCGAAACAUGCCCGCGGCCAAAAGAAAAGAUUUUGGGUUUGUUACUUUUGAUACGCAUGAUAAUGCUGUUGCAUGUGUUGAUGGGAUAACUAGUUCUGAGCUUGGCGAAGGUGACAGCAAGGCAAAAGUGAGAGCCAGAUUGUCAAGGCCAGUACAGAGACCUCCUAGAAUGAAGCAUGGAUUAAGAGGAAAUUUCAGGAUUGGGCAUAGUGCUCCUCGAGGCAGCCGUUUCCCAUACACUCGGCCUCCUCCACGCCGGCCUCUGCCACGUCUUGUACGGCCUGAUACUCGCUUACCUCCUAUCAGGAGGCCUCCACUGAAGAGGCCAAUAGAUAUUAGAGAUAGACGCCCUGUUAUGUCAAUACCAGAUAGAGUUAGGCGUUUGCCUCCUCCAGAGAGAUCCUAUGAUAGAAGGCCCCCAGCUCCUGUUUACCCAAAGAGAAGCCCAAGGAGGGAAUAUGGAAGGCGUGAUGAACCUCCUCCGCCAAGGAGCAGAGCUACCUUUGCUGCUGAUUACAGUGCAAGAGUUCCAGUUGAUAGGCGCCACACUUACAGGGACGACUAUUCGCCCCGUGAAUCAGCCUAUUCAGACCUAGCUCCUCGCAGCGCUCCCCGUUUUUCUGACAGGAGAGCAUAUGCUGAUGAUGGCUAUGUAGAGAAGAUUGACCGACCUUUGCCAACCUAUAGGGAGGGCCGUGGACGUGAUUAUGAUACAAUAUCUGGUUCAAAACGCUCAUAUGUUGAGAUGGAUGACGUGCCUCCUCGGUAUCACGACAUUAGCGUUCGUCAGCCCAAGGCACGCUUAGAUUAUGAUGUUGGUGGUAGCAGUGCUCGGUAUGCAGAUGCUUAUACUGAGAGGCUCGGGCGGUCACAUGUGGGAUACACUAGCAGCAGAUCUGUCGCUGGUCAUGACCCGGUGUAUAGCAGCAGCCGCCAUGGCUUGAGUUAUGGAGGUUCUGCGAGCACUGGAGAUGCUGGUGGAAACUACUCUUCAAAUUACAGUGCAGACUACAUGCCUCGUGGAUCUGAUGUUGGUGGAAGUUCAUAUUCAUCGCAUUACUCGGGUCGUAACACGGGCAGCAGCAGUGGCUACUUUGGCGGCAGUGGUUCCAGUUCGUACUACUAAGAUUUGGCAUCCGACCGUCUUUGUGGAACAGAUGUGGCACCAUAGGAGGUUGGUGUAGGCCAUGGAUUGUACGGAGCUCCUUAACUUAAGGCCUAUGGAUCUGGACAAGUGGCAAGUGUGGGCAAUCAAUAAGGCAUGUCUGAAGGAGCCAGGAACAUCGAGUUGGUUGAAGCAGUAGUCUUGUGGAUGUUCCGGCAUGUUUAUUUAAUGUAAGGCAUUGCUUUAGUUGGUCAAGAGUUGUGAACUAGCUAGCCAUGGUGUGUUGACAUGUUUACUUCCAGUGUUUCUAUAACAUUGAGAGAUAUGGAGUAUUUCAAUAAGUAAUCUUUGAGGUCGUUUCCUUGCUGCAACACAAGGUGUUUUGGAGACCCCACCUUUGAUGACCCAGCAGAAGAUCAGACUUACGAAUGAAGCCUUAGAAGUGAGCGCUUCAUGUAAGGCUGUUACUUCUGAAACCUUUGGUUCAGACCACGCUGCAUCUGUUCUCUAGUGGAUUGAACUUUGCUACCUGAGACUGAAAGAUCAGGUUGAAAAUUUGGACUAGUUAUUUGUUAAACUGCACUGCAGAUAAAAUUGGAUUUGUUGGUUGCCAGGUUC